GCCUCCACAUCCAAAGUGGCCUCAGGAGACAGACAGCUUUUGCCUUGCUGUCUUCUUCCAUCCCAAGCAACCUUGCCAAGCAACCUUAACAGCGAGGUAAGUGCUUGAAAGCAAGGACUCGAACCGCGAGCGUAAACAAAAAGCACAGAAAGGAAAGAAGAGAAAAAAAGAAGAAAAAAAACACACCUGUUAUCACCAGCCAUGUCCUGGCCGCGACCCCAUUGGCCCUGGAACGUGGAUGCUCGUCAUCCAUUUCCCGCUUCUGCCCUCCCAUCUGGCUUGGCACCCCCCUCCACUGCCCUCCACUGGUAGGAGGCCGUUGUAGCCGAGCUCGGCUCUCAGGCUGUGACUUGUCUUGUGUGCUAUUUUUCAUUUUGUCCGCCGCAAGCCUGCGCCCCUCGUUGGACGGACCGCCUCGGCUGCGUCCGUCCGACGAGGAUCAAAUAGCAGCACCGCCCGUGGCCUUUCCUAUGCUAGCCCUCUUUCCAGUCUAGCCAGGUACCUGUCCGACUGUUCUCGUUCCAUUCUGCCCAUCACACAUCCCGUCACAUCGCUCCUGGCCUGUCCCCCCCUCAUCCAUGCUGUGGGCCUGGGCGGAAUACCCUAGCCGUGAUUUUUUUGUUACUCUAUUUUUGUGUUUCUUUUUUUUCUGCUUUUUCUUUUUGCCUUGACAGCCUCCAGCCUCCCUUUCUACUUUCAGUCUUCCCUCGUUCGGUCUAUUGCCAGCCAAGGCCGCCACUUCUUGCCACGCCACUGCAAUCUUGCUUUUUCUCCCCUUUCCUUCUCCCUCCCUCGACGACUCCAUUUUGGAACGUUCCAAGAGGGGGAGGUCGGGUGACUAUGGCCUUCUGAUUGGGCACAUGGCGGCCGUUUGCCAACAGGCCCCAGUCACGUGAUCGUGACGCGCCAACCUCGCAACCACUCUCUCUUUUUCUCCCUUGCAGACCACCAUCUCUCCGACAGGACGACAUCUUCCUUCCUCCCCCAGUUUCCAGCUGCGCUCGCUCAGCCGCCUGGACACGCCUGUGCUGGCCUGAAGCCUGGAUUUCUGGUUGUUGGCAGGCAGCUCCUUUAGCUGGACACACCACCACCACCCCCAAAAACUCCACCCUCUACCCCCCCUAAAAGCGGCACUGCCCACCAACCGCGCCCAGCCCUCCCCACUCCCCCAAUCAUGGUGCUAUUAAUCGACAAGUGGCGGGGCCGGAUACAGCUGCUCUCCCACACACAAAAUAGCGUCGUUUACGCAGUCGACACCGACGACGGCGUCGGUGAGGGCCGCGCCAACGAGACCGCCACCGUCCUGAAAGGAUGGGCCGUCUGGUACCGCGGCGAGGAGCCCCUGGGCCCCCUUCGCCCCCCUGACAUCGCCGACUGGAUCGUCCGCCGUGAGGCCGCGAUCUACGAGCAGGUCGGCCGGCACGACCUGAUCGUAAACUACCUUGGCCUCGAGGUCGCCGUCCUCAGGGGCGCCGGCCCGGAGCCCAAGGCCUGGGCCAUCAGGCUGGAGCGAGCCCCUGGCAAGGCCCUCCGCAGCUACCUGCGCGGGCCCGCCCCCUCGGAGCGCGCAAGACUCGACCUCUGCCUGCAGUUCGCCCGCGCCGUCGCCCACGUCCACUCCCGGGGCGUCGUCUGGGGCGACCUCUCCACCCGGAACGCCCUUGUUUUCAGCUGUCCCACCCCGAACCCCAGGGGCGGGGCCGCCGGCCGGAGCAGCGACGCCGCAGCCUCGCAGGCCUCGUCCUCGUCGUCGACGGCGCCUCCGUCGUCUCAGCAGUCGGCGUCCUCCCCUUCGGCCCCGUGGCGGAUCAAGCUCUGCGACUUUGGUACCGCGGCGCUGUUCGAAAACUACGACAAGGACUACUGGGGCGCCGAGGUCCGCUACACCCCUCCGGGCCCCUCGGCGCACCUCGACAAGAGGGGCGACAUCAAGGACGUGGGCAUCAUCCACCGCGAGCUCUUCGCCCUCGGGUCCGCCAUCUGCGAGAUCACCGAGUGGACCGUGCCCUACGGCCCGGAGCACGAGGUCACGUAUGAGGAGGUGCAGGCCAUGUUGCUGGCUGGCGAGUGGCCCGACAUAUCCCUGGACAACCCGGCCGAGGAUAUCAUACGCCGCUGUUGGGACUACCAGUACGUGGCGGCCUCGGAAAUCGUCGAGGACCUUGAGAGUAUCAUUAGCCAGAGUACAGCCCCGCAACAGGAUGGAUAAAGGUGUUUUUCAUUUUUUACAGGACUUGCUUUUCUUCUCUUCUUUCCAUCCUUCCCCCUUCUUUUUUCACAUCUUUGCUUUCAUUCUUAUCCUUCCCUAAGAUGGAACGUGACAUGAUAGGUUAUUUUACCCGGGCGAAGCGUGCUCUGUCAGCUCUCAGUUCGAGCUCAAGGUUGUUCAAUGGUUUGGUGCGUAAAGAAGAGAGCACAAAUUUGACGAUGUAAUGACCACAAAAAAAAUCCGAAACACCGGAUACACCCCCUCUUGUGAUUCCGAGGCACAAUCGACCACGUCUGUGCUCCCGAUGCAACCGGACAUGAGGAUCUGGAAAUAUGGGCCCUUGGUGCUCUCCCCCCUUUGUUAUUCGACUCUCCUCGCUUGGGCCUCCGGGUCAAGAGUUUUGGGCUGCAUCUCCUCACCCGCCCCGUCCGGAGACGUCACUGCCGAGCGGUUCCUCCUCAGGAGGUGUAGCAGAUAGAUACCCUCGACCACGCCUUUGCCCCUCUCGCCCUCCUCAUCGGAAGGCUCUUGGUUCUGCGCGUCCCUGGUGAUCUUCACAUUGCCCAGGAG